ACAUUUUCUUUCUCUUCAUCCAUCACAUCAUCCAUCAUCUCCUUCCUUUCUUCUUUCUUUCCUUCAGAUCAGUUCAUUUAUUUAAAUACUCAUUAUUUUCCUUCGGUCUCUGUCUAAUCCAUUUCUUUUGUGCCAUCUCCACAUCACUUUCCCUUCUCUUCCGUACACAAACUUUCCCCUUUCUCCACAACAGACAAACACGUUUUUACACAAAACAUUCAUAAUAUAGUCCCACACAUUCAAAUACACCAAAAUUUUCCCUCUUUCUCUCUCACGCACCCUUUUCUCUAUUCCUUUUCUCUCUUGACACCUGAAUCAGUUCUCCGCAUCCAGCCAUAACGUGCAACCAUGAACAUGUUUAAUACCGAUUCAGGGUUCAGACCGCCAUCCCCUUUGAACUUUGCUCCGCCCAGUCAUGGCCUCUUUGGCGAGUCUCUUCCUUAUGAUGAUUUUAAACUGUCAAAUCAGGAUUUUCUCAACCUGCCCGCUUCUCCAUCUACAUUGACAAGCGACCCAUCCAUGUCGCUCUUCAACCCUUCUGAACAGCGCUACUUUUCAGAGUUCCUCGAUACCUUGGUCGUCGACCAGGACUUCACUUUUGACCCGAGCUCAAUACCUAAUCUUCCCAAUCUGCCUCUCUUCACCUCCGAAACCAUGCCCAACGGGUUCAAUCUUGAAAACAGCAGCAACAGCAGCUCCUCCUUUCUCACCGGAGGCUCUAUCUCUUCCUCUUCAUCGUCAUCAUCAUCUCUUGGCUCAACCCAGAGUAUGAUGAAUGCCAGCACUAUGGAUUUCGAGUUGGUCUCGCCUUCAUCCCAAUCUAGUUUUAGUGGUUCGCAUUCUUUUCCUUCUCAUUUUAGCUAUAAUGGUGCUGUCGAUGGCGUUGAAUCCCCAGCUUCACCCGCGUCUCCUUCCUCUUCAUCUGCCUAUACCAACCCUAGUAAGCGAAAGCCAACCAAGAGCGCAGAGGCAAGACGGACAGCCUCUAUCAACCAAGAAUCCAGCAAAAUUUCGACACCAAUCCAGCAACUUUCAAAACUCUCACUUAAUAGCAACAGCAAUCCUAGUAUAAUCAAUACCAACAAUCCAACCAAUGGAUCUUCCAAUCCGAAGAAGAAUAAACGGGAUGAGGACGAACAUCCCGCAUCAUCUACCUCGCCCACCUUGGUCUCUUCACCUUCACGAGCACGACGAGAGUUGGUGGAAAACAGGCGAGAGAGAAACACAUCAGUCUCGGAUGGAUCAGUCUCAGAUACUGUUACGACAAUCACAGCUCCGGCUACGGCAAAGCGUAAGCCUUAUAAGGAGUUGUUGACAGAGGAGGAGAAACGUGCCAACCAUAUUGCCUCCGAGCAGAAGCGUCGAAAUACAAUUCGUAAUGGAUUCAAAGAUAUGACCGACAUCAUUCCAGAUCUCAAGGAUGUCAACAGCUCCAAAUCAACGAUUUUAUUCAAGGCUGUCGAUUUCAUCAAGCAUUUGGAGCGCCAGAAUCGUAUGCUGCAAGAGAAGGCCAGCAGACUUGAGAUGAGACUUGUGAAUCAAAGAAAUGAGACUAAUGGUGGAAGUGUCAUUGGCUCUGGACUGGAUGAUCAGCGGUUGCAGGACAUCCCUCACAUUUAUCCGGUCCCAUGUAGCCGGUAAAGCUUACACGUAGCAAACCAGUAACAGUGAACUUUUCUCUCUCACUCCUCCUUCACCUUUACUUUUUUUUUUAGUGGCUCUAUUUUCAGAUAGAUCACUUGUAGCAUUAUCGCCAUGUUUCAUUGUAAUAUAGCCCAUAUUUGUCAAUCAAUAUCUAUUUGAUUUCUUUUUCAAUCCAAUAUCC